AUGGAGGAGUGGAUCAAGGCUUCCCUGAAGGACAAGUACAUCAGCAAGGUGGAUGCGUCGAGCGUUCAGUCCGGGGUCUUUUGCGAAGCGUUCACCUCCCCAUGGUAUGAUGACGGAGUGGUCUUCGACUGGACCGCGCUGCAUCAGAGACUGACGCAACCGACGGCAGCCCUGUCAUACAUGACCAAGGCCGUCACCGCACUUCGGCGCUUCGGUGCAGAGCAGCUGAUGGCCGCGUCUGGCGAGGGAGACAAUAGGUGUUUCUCGACUGUCGUGGAGCUGAAAAGCCCGUGGACACUUCAACCGCUCACCGAGCAUGCGCAGCGCCUCAGUGUUUUCGACGUCCUCUUAAGUACCACGUCCUCCGCGCUAACACCGGUGUCACCGACGUCUACCAGCCACUCUCCCGCCCCAUCCUCGAGCAACGUUCGUCAGUUGUACACAUUUCUGCGUGGUCCGCCAGGGCAGCGCUCAGUUAGGGACGACAUAAUGCGUGUGCUCUCGAGUGUCGAGGAGCAGUUCCGUAAGAGCGGUGUGCACGUCGUGUUAUUCUUGAGCUCGUUUGUGUUGUUUGGAAGCGACUUUACAGACAUGCUUCACGGCACGGCUGCGGUAUUUCGGGCCCUGACCGAGGCGGGCUUCUCCAUCGACGACCACGGCUCCUGCUUCACCCCUCGCAUCGUGAAGCCGUUGCGCGUGUAUGGUGAGGAUUGGUGGACCACCUCACCACUGCAGUCCGUUCAAUCGGAGGAGGAGGUGACCGCACUUCUCAUUGCUCUCUUCUAUCAAUGGCUACAGGACGCGUACGUAUGGAGCUGCACGGCUCCCAUCCGACUCUUCCCCGAUGGCAUAGAAACGCGAGCAAACAAGGCGGUGCGCCUAUUCGAACGAUUCGUGCGUGGGCUUGUGCUACCCCGAGCCCCUGCUACUCGGCUGGACGCGUUACACGCGUCGCUUCCUGAGGAGGGUGGCAAGCUACUCGUGUUGGCUGCUGUCGGAUUAGAGAAGAAGCAAACACCGACAGGACUGCAGAGGUGGAGUGUGCUAGAGCUUCGACUUGUUCUAGCCCAGCUCGGUGCCUACGAGCACAUCCCUUCCGAGUACCUUGGACACUCAGUGAACAACGCCAGCCGCUAG